UUGUAAAGAUGAAGUUUGAGACUCUUCUGGAUGAAGUUGACGGAUUUGGACCUUUCCAAAUUCUCAUCCUCAUCCUACUCUGCACACCUCGGAUAGUUCUGCCCUGUCAUUUUCUACUAAAUAUCUUCAUUGCUGCUGUGCCUCCUCACCGCUGUGACAUCAGUACACUGGAUGGUGGAGGACUCCUCCAAAAUCUGAGUCUGGAGCAGAGGCUGACCGUCAGCCUUCCUGUACAAGACAAUGGGAUUCCAAAAUCCUGUGAGGUGUUUGCAGAGCCUCAGUUUCAGCUCUUGAGCAACAGUUCGUCCGGAGCCCACUUGCCUACAGUUCACUGCAGGAGUGGAUGGGUUUAUGACAACUCCACUUUCACCUCCACACUGGCAACAGAGUGGGAUCUGGUCUGUGAUAGAAAAAGCCUGAGUAAAACCACAGCCACCAUAUUUUUUGCUGGAGUGAUGGCGGGGGCAAUAGCGUUUGGAUACCUGUGCGAUAAGUAUGGGAGAAAAAAUACCCUUUUGGCCUCCUACAUCUUGUCCAUUGUGUUCGGCUUCUGCAGUGCAUUUGCAAACUCCUACAUCCUGUUUACAGUGCUGAGGUUUUGCACUGGGUUUGGACUGGCAGGAAUCAGCCUUAUCUCUGUAGUUCUCAGUAUAGAGUGGAGUGAUGUCGGCCAUAGGGCGCUCAUCGGGGUAAUGGGCAGUCUGGCGUGGUGUGUGGGUAACAUGUUCCUAGCUGGUUUUGCCUUCCUGGUCACUGACUGGAGGAUGCUGAUCAUGACUGUAACGUGUCCUCUGGGUUUCGCAGUUCUGACCUGGUGGUGGAUUCCUGAGUCUGCUCGGUGGCUUUUGGCCAAUUCUAGAGCGAAAGAGGCCCAGACGUAUCUCAACAAAUGCGCCACAUUUAACAAGAAACCUCUGAUAUCCAGCAAAUAUAAAUGGGAGAUGCUCUCCAAUAUGAAAAUCAAGGACAACCAGGAAAAAAAUUACAGUUUCAUCGAUUUAGUUAAGACUCCAAAGAUGAGACAGUUAACGCUGCUGACUGGGAUUAUAUGGUACAGAGUUGCCACAACAUACUAUGGCAUCAGUCUUAACAUCACUGGAUUCGGCCUGAACAUGUACCUCACACAUUUCAUUUACGCUGCCAUUGAAUUUCCGGCCAAACUGAUGGCUUAUUUCUUUCUCAACAAAAUUGGACGAAGGAAAUGUCAAGCAGGCACACUUUUACUGACAGGAACCUGCAUCUUCAUUAACAUCUUCAUGCCAAAAGACCUGUGGCAUGUGCGGUCCGUGAUAGCGACUCUUGGAAAAGGACUUUCAGAAGCUGCCUUUACAACUGUCUUCCUCUACACCACAGAGAUCUACCCCACCGUCGUCAGACAAAAUGGUGUGGGUUACACCAGCUUUGUGGGCCGUCUGGGGGUGGCAGUGGCCCCUCUCAUCCUGCUGCUGGAGGACGUCUGGACUCUUCUUCCUCAGAUCAUCCUCUCCUCUGUGGCCAUUUUCUCAGGCCUGGUGUCACUGCUGCUUCCUGAAACACUCAAUGUGAGGCUGCCAGAGACCAUUGAUGACAUUGAAAAGUCAAGGAGAGACCAUGUCACCUCUAACUGUGUGGAGUCUUCAGACGUUGUCCUGGAACCAGAGGACAAAGAAGAAGAACAGUAGCAUCACACAGACACACAGUAUCAUCAUGGGUACUUUUAAGAUGUUUAUAGUCAAAGUAAACAUCCUGUUACAUAACCAAUAAUGACAUUUUUUGUAUGGUAUUAAAUAGAAAUUAAGAAAUGCUCAGACAUUGUUGCAGAUUUGCCAUAAAAUGAACUGAAACGGACAAAGGUUAAAUUUGUUGCAAUUUGGUAAGAUCUUUUCAAUCAAUUAAUAAAUCAAUCAAAUCAAUCAAAUUCUAUUUUAUAUAGCGGCAAAUCAUAACAAAACUUAUGUCAUGACACUUUACAUUUAGUGCUGGUCUAGACCAGAUGCCAAAAAGUUUCAAAGUUUAGAAAAGUUGCGAAAAUUAUGGUAAAAUCAGUAUUCCCAAAAUUUGUAAUCUUAAUUUGUCUUGAUUUAUCAAAUUAAAAUGAUUCAGAAUUAGUGCUAAUAAUUGAAGAAUCACAGACAAAUAAUACAGAAACAGAAGUCAGCAAAUAAAUCAAAUAAAAUACAUGUUUAAUGAAAAAAUAUCUCUGUUGUGUAUGCAAGUGUGCAGUUUUAUAAACAUUUUGCUGUUUUUUGUUUUUUUUUUAAGAUAUAAAAUGCCUAUUAUUUUUAGCUGAGUCUGGAUACAUUACCUGUUCAUUUUCCUUCAUAUCUCUCUGCAUUAACUUGUUAAAUUUUCUGAGCUGAUCAAUAUGAUAUUUCUGCUUCUAUGGGUCAUUACAUUAAGGCAAUCCCAAAAGAUGUCAUGUAAAAAUCAAUAUGACGUAUCACAGGUGGAAAUCAUGUGUACAGAUGAGUUAAUGUAGUUAAGCUUUAUACACAUUGUGUUUUUUUUUGUUAAGGAGAUAUUAUGCCAUUAAAAAUGAAAAGUUAAAAUAACU